AGCUUUCUCUUUACUUGUUUCUACGCUAUGGAGCAUAUCAAGGCUUUUCUCGGCGGCUCAGGUGCGGACGCCUUCAACGAGCCCCUCGUGGUGGACCGGCUGCUGCAGCUGGUGCCUGCCACUCAAACGGCGAACGGUCGCGCCAUUCAAGUGGCUUACCUCGGCACCGCCACGUACGACCUUCCUGACGCCCAAGAAAAGCAAACCGGCCAGCUCGCACGUCGCGGCUGCCAUGUGCGGCCAAUCCGAGUCUCCGACCCGGCGGUCACGCAACUCAGCCGCGAUGACGACACCUAUCUUUGUGCGCAGGCAGACAUCAUACUCGUGUCAGGUGGCAACACGCUCUACGCCGUCCAGCGGUGGGAGCGGGUGGGCCUUGACAGGCUGCUGCGGCGUGUGGCUACGCAAAGGGGAGGCGAUGAUGGUCGUGGUCAAGUCAUCCUGGCAGGCGGCAGUGCCGGUGCGAUUUGCUGGUUUACUGCGGGACACUCCCGCUCCUUCGACCCGACAACAUUCCGUGAGGCGAUGCUGAAGACGGCUUCCGCCAUGCGAGCGGAUGCGCCGAGUUCAGCUGAGACGGCGGCAGCUACGCCUCCCAAAGACGAGGGCUCCUGGUGCUACAUCCGCGUGCAUGGGUUGGACAUCCUUCCGGGUCUGCUCUGCCCCCAUUUUGACAUCGCCCAAGGCGACCGCAGCGUGCGACGCGAGGAAGACUUCACGGCGAUGCUGCAGCGCCACCCUACGGAGCGCGGCAUCGCGCUGGACCACUGGGCGGUGCUGAUCCUGCCUGGAGACGGCAGCUACGAGGUGCUUCCAGUCCCAGGGCACACACGCCAGCAACAAGCGGCGCAGCAGAACGCCGAGCUGACCGGAAAGUUGGCACCUGGCCUUUUCGUCCUUGACGCGGCAGUCGAUGGCAGCGUGCAGCAGCGGCGUGUCGCAGCGACCGGACGCGUGCGUGACGUGCUGCGUGCGCCGACCGGUCCCGUCGCCGCGGACACGCUGGAAGCCGAAUGCGCCAAGGCCAACCCGGCGUGCUAG